AUGUUACGCUUAAUUCUUGCAUCACUCCUGUUGGUGGGUCUGAUCGAUCACAGCUACUCGGCCGACUACUGUACGGCUAAUCUAUGUCAGAGCGGAGUCCCAAAUGUUGGUUGCAAUCCUCCGCCACAGAGUGGAGGUCCCAGCUGCUCCGGAAGAUCUCCAGUGGUAGUGCCCAUUACGUCCAACCUUCAAUCGCUCAUCCUGGACCUGCACAACAGACGCCGUUCCCAGAUCGCAUCCGGUGGCGUGAGCCCAUUCUUCCCUGCUCGUCGCAUGCCCACACUGGUUUGGGACGCUGAGUUGGCUUCGCAGGCAGGACACAAUGCACGGUCAUGUGUGUUUGCGCAUGAUCGCUGUCGCAAUACGGUUGACUUCGCCUGGGCCGGUCAAAAUCUGGCCAUCAAGCAGUUCUACGGACAAACGUUCACGGUGGAGAGUUUGAUCGAUGAUUUCGUACGCAUGUGGUGGGAUGAGCAUUUCGAUACAUCUACCGCACACAUUGAUAGCUACCCGAGCAACCAUGUGGGACCCGCUAUUGGACACUUUACGCAAAUAGCAAGUGAUCGCACCUGGGCUAUGGGUUGUGCUAUGCAGAACUGGAUUGAGAAUGGCAUUUGGAUCACGUACUAUUUCGUGUGCAACUACUCGUUCACCAACAUCAUUAACCAGCCAGUGUACGUGCGCGGCACAACGGCCUCAGGCUGUACGACUGGUCAGGACUCGCGCUAUCAGGGAUUGUGCUCGGUGAAUGAGGUAGUUCAGUCGGUACCGUAA